GCAAAAACAUAUUUCCUGAAACGGUUUAAAACGUCUUGCGCAGCGUUUCAUGCGAAAUAUUCAAAAAGCACUAGUGCGUGGGACCAACGUGUACGAUAAAAAACUCCCAUUUUAUUGUGACAUUUCAUUGCAUUUCAAAAGUCGAAUUAACUAGCUCGUCUUCAGCAUGCGUGUCGGUGGUUGCAUUUCAUACUUUUAUAAGAAAACGCUAUUCUUCAUUGGAAUUACGUGUACUUUCUCAAAUUAACUCAAUUUCGCUUGCUCAAAAAGGUAACUUAAACUGUAAUAACUGUCAAAUUGGUUAGCUGUCAAAUAUAUUCCGACAAGAAUAGGAACAAAGAUGUCAAGUGCAGAGUCUUUGGCAGAAGUAACAGAUGUGGUUCAAAUUCUUCGACAAUGGGAAGAGGAACAUUUGACUCCUACAUAUGACCCAAUUCCUACACUUCAAAGACUGGCAGAAAUUAUAGAACUAGAAACAGAGAAUUAUUUAAAAAUGGAUCCAGAUCCAUUUGAUGAAAGACAUCCAUCACGUACAGAUCCAGAGUGCAAUUUUGGGCACAUAUUAAAAGUUUUAUUUAGAAAAGAUAAUUUUAUGACAAAGCUUAUAAAUGAUUAUUUGCGUGAUACUUAUUGGUCUCGUGCAGGCAUCACAGGCCGUGAUGUUAGAAAACUGAAUAUUGCAGCCUGUCGUCUUAUGCUUGAUAUUCUUCCUGGGUUAGAAACUUCUGCUGUAUUUCAACCCGAUAUGGAAGGUCUUAUACAUCGUCUUUUCUCAUGGGCAGAGAAAAGUAUAGAACCUUUGCAAAGUUAUGCAACUGGUCUUGUGGCUGCAGCUAUGGAAGUACAAGAAAUCGCUACAGGGUUUAGAGAACAAAAUGGGAAAAUGGUGCCUCUAAUGUUACAGAGGCUUCAUAAAUUACAAGAGAAGGCACAGGAAAAUAGACAGCUUGCAGCUAAUAAUAGACCAUUUGCACAUUUCGGUAAAGAUAGAAAUAGUGGAGGCGAUGGAGAAAAUAAAGGUGUACCUGGAAAAAGAAAAGUACGAGAGAAACGAAAAGAGAAUGGAGUUCUUAAGAGCCCAAAUCAUAGUAACUGUUUCUCAGAGGAAGAAGAUGAUUAUCUUCCAUCUCCCGAUGAUUCUGUCCCAUUACCUAAGAAGAAGAAAAACGAUACAGAAUGUGAAACUCCUGUAAAGAGCGAUGUUAUGUAUUUAGAAAUAAUGUCUCCACCCUUAUCACUGCCAAAGAACAUUAAUACUAAUAAUCAAGUAACACCAUUUAAGGCACAAAGUACUCAUAGUACUCAUAGACCAUCAAAUUCACCAAGAUACAAUCUGUCAAAGAACUCUGCACCUCUGUUGCAAAGUUCAAGUACUCCGUCUACUUUACUGGAAGGAAAUUCAAAUUCCUCAUGGGCAGAAAUGGAAUCGUAUGUUAUUGGAAAUAUGCAAAUACAUCCUCCAACAUUGUCUACAAGACAAAUGUUAAUAUUGAGGUAUCUUACGCCGAUGGGUGAAUAUCAAGAAUUCUUAGGUCAUGUGUUUGAACAAAAUGCUCUGGAACUAAUUCUCAAAUAUAUUAAUGUUAGAGAAACCAAGGAUAGUCGUCUAGCCUUUGAAGCUUUGAAAUACUUAGCUUCUCUUCUCUGUCAUAAAAAGUUCUCCAUUGAAUUCCUCAAUGUCGGAGGUUUACAAAAACUGUUAGAUGUUCCAAGACCGAGUGUUGCAGCUACUGGUGUUUCUAUAUGUUUAUACUAUUUAGCAUAUUGCGAAGAUGCAAUGGAAAGAGUGUGUUUGUUGCCGAAACAUGUUAUAUCGGAUCUUGUUACCUAUGCGUUGUGGCUUUUAGAACGAAGUCAUGAUUCUGGAAGAUGUCAUGCAACAAUGUUCUUUGGUUUCUCCUUCCCAUUCAAAGUAAUAUUAGAAGAAUUCGAUGCGCAGGACGGAUUAAGAAAACUUUUUAAUGUGAUAUCCACAUUGCCGAUUUUAAAUCUAGAAGAGGAGCCAACAUUAAAUGAUGAUGAAGAGUGUGCAUCUAGACAAAUUGUUAGACACGUUGCAGUAGCCUUAAAACGUUAUAUGGAAGCCCAUUUACAUUUAAAAGCAGAGCAACUACAGAGAGCAGAAAAUGUUAGGGCAGAACGCGAUACUUUGCAGCCAUCUUUACCACCUUAUAAAGCUUGCAAAUUAAGCAGUGAAGAAGUGCAAGCGAAAGUGGAAAUUCUCCAAGAUCUAAUGUCUGUAAGAGCAGUAUGGCCGCCAGUAGAAGAACUCCAUCGUCUUGGAGGCAUAACACUUCUCCUUCAAAUCAUUGCUUUCGCUAGAGAAUGGAAUUACAGCGGUCGUGUUCAUACAACUUCUAGCGCGGAAACAGUUCGUUCCUGCCUUGACGUAAUAGCUAUUUGUUCAGUUGUGCCAAAAGUAAUGUUAUUGCUUUGCGAAAGAGUGGACAUGCCAGACAUGUCUAUGACAAUGGCAAUUAAUUUACUUUUGGCUGCAGCGGAGUGUGAAAUUAUUGCCGAUGCAGAUGUGCAGAGAGCUGCACUAAGAGCUGUGAUUAAUUGUGUUUGCGCUCCAAUAAAUAGGAUUGGUGGUAAUGUUGCAAGAUAUUCGGUGUCAGGUUCUGCUAAGAAAAAAGCGAAUAUUAACAACAGCGAAGAGUUAAUUCAAAAAAUUUGGGAGAGUGUGAGAUCCAAUAACGGGAUAAUGGUGUUGUUACAACUGAUGAUGGUGAAAACUCCAAUCACAGAUGCAGACAGUAUAAGAGCAUUAGCGUGUCGUGCCUUAGCGGGUUUGGCACGUAGCGAAAAAGUCAGGCAAAUUAUUAGUAAACUUCCAAUGUUUACUGAUGGACAAAUCCAAGCUCUUAUGAAAGAUCCUAUACUUCAAGAGAAGAGGCAGGAACACGUUAUGUUUCAAAAGUAUGCUUUAGAACUGAUGGAAAGAGUUUCUGGAAAAGCGAAACCCACUGGAGCAGAAUAUGAGAUUUCUUUAGCUAGUUUACACAGGGCAAACGUAGUAGCGCAAACAAGGAUACAAUAUAAUGAACAGCAGUUGAAUCAAUUAAUAUACCAACAUUUAAUAUCAAAAGGUUUAACGGAAACUGCAACAAGUCUUCAAAAAGAAGCCAGUCUUGAUUCUUCUGCGAUAAUGAAACCUGUGACUACUUAUCAUCCAUUUACUUACCGGAGCCCUGCGACCACUGGAACAAGAAAUGGAUUUUCGCCGGGAGCACCUGUUAACUUAUACAAUACAAGUAGAUGUAACCAAAGAGAAGUAUCUUCUCGAAAUAACACCACUCCCACUUCAUCGUCUAGGUAUAUAUCCCACUCAAAUACCAGUUCGGGUUCAUCCUCUUUAACAUGCGCGAAUAAUUUGCGCUUAAAACUUUCCGAUUGUCUUACUCAAAAUGCUGUUUCACCUAGCACAAAUCAGCCGAUUAAACUACAGAUCACAACAAAAAAAAAUCAAGCUGAUAAACAGCCUCUAGUCAGUACUAUGAAUUGCCAGUCAACUGCUCAGCCAACUGCAUGUAGAUCUUUACAAAAGCAAAUUUCAAGAGAUCCUGGAGGCGGUGCAACCACUGGAGUAGCUACCUCUAAUCCAUCUACCAUAACAUUGGAUUCCAUUAUUACAGAAUAUUUAACUAAUCAACAUGCGCUCUGUAAAAAUCCUAUGGUUACUUGUCCACAAUUUAAUCUUUUUGAACCACAUAAAUGUCCAGAUCCUUGUACAAAGAAUUCAACACCGACAAAUGUAACUGUAAGACUGGCAAGAAGAGCAUUAGGUAUAGAUGGUAGAAGAUUGGAUAGAAGACAUAUUUACAGCCGGUUCUGCCCUGUAAAAACUUUUAGGCCUACGGAUGUUGGAAGUUUUACCUGUUGCAUUUUUUUGCCUUCUCAGGACUAUUUAAUGUUAGGUACAUACGCGGGAGACGUAAAAAUGGUUAAUGCACAUACAGGAUUGGAGGAAGCAACAUAUCCAUGUCAUGAAUCUUAUGUUUAUCAUAUGGAAUGUAACCAGCGUGGAAAUUUACUAUUAUGCUCUACUGUAUGGAGAAGCCCCAUGUCUGCACUUUGGAGUAUAGGAACCUUCUUCGAUAUGAAAUUAUCCUUAGAAAAUGAAGAUUACGUUGAAUUUGGAAAACUUCAAGACAGAAUUAUUGGAACUCAAGGUGAAAGUGCUACGAUAUAUGAUAUAGCUACAGGAAAAUUAUUAACCACCCUUACACCUUCAAUUUCUAACCAAUACACUAAAAAUCGAGCUACGUUCAGCAUGAACGAUGAACUGGUCUUAAGUGACGGUAUCCUAUGGGACGUAAAUUCGGGAAAAGAAAUUCACAAAUUUGAUAAAUUAAAUCAAACACUCAAUGGAGUUUUCCAUCCAAAUGGUACAGAGGUGGUGUCAAACACAGAAGUUUGGGAUUUGAGAACUUUUCAUUUACUGAAGACAGUGCCAACGCUUGAUCAAAUGGAAGUAAUAUUUUCACCUGUUAAUAAUAUUAUAUAUGCCGUACCUUUAGAUCAAGAAAAUAGAGAUGAAUCACAUUAUGUUACAUCGUUUAAAACUCUAGAUGCUUUGGAUUAUAGUAACAUUGCAACUUGUGAUGUUAAAAGAGGAAUAUAUGGGCUGGCUUGUAAUAAAUUCGACACGCAAAUAGCUAUAGUUGAAAAUCAGGGUGAAUUCGACAGUAUCCAAGAAUCUUGCGUUAGGCUGUAUGAUGUUGGUAGAAGGAGAGAUGAUGAAGAUGAAGCUGAUGAAGACGAUGAUGAAGAAGAUCUUGAUGCGAGCGACGAUGAUGGUUCAAAUUCUGGUUCAGAUGAUAAUAAUGCCGAUGACGCAGACAAUCCAGAUGCAGGCGCAGAAGAAAACGGCGAUGAAAACGAGCGUAACGAUCGUGAUAAUAAUGAUGAUGACGAUGAUGAUGAUGAUGAUGAUGAUGCAGCUGAUGGCGAUGAUUCUGGAGAAGAUUUGACGGAUUACAGCCGGUCACCAGAUUUUCCAGAUUUUUCUCUUUCCGAUGUCGAUGAUCUUGAAAUCCUUUUUCCAUAAAUAUUCUGAAAAUAAGAACAAAAAUGACGAAUUUUCGUUUCAAACAAUUCCAAUGUAUUGUAAAAAGAUUUCAUUUCAUUUCGGAUGAAUCAUGAGGCUAAAACAUGCUCUACAACUAAGGAAUUAUUUUCGUUAUCAUUUACUGAUUGGCGAAGUAGGAAUGCAUAUUUAAAGAGAAAAGAUAAAAUAUUAUAUUAUUAACUAAUUAUUGAGAAGUGUUACGAGUUUAAUCAUCUCACUUAGCAAUUAAUGAAUCAGGUAAAUGUAUUUUCAGUAUGUACUCAUAUUUAUAUUACAAAAUUUUAAUCACGAGGAAAACAAUUUUUCAAUGCAGUAUAAAUUUUCUACAUAGUUCUGCAUAAGAUUCGUCAUACGAAGUAUACACUUUAUUUUGUCGAUAUUAGAAUCUUUUUAAGCAAUUAAUCAAUUAACAAAUAUUUUCAAGAUUGGUCAAUAAAGUGAGUCUGAAUCAAUUUAUAUAACAAAAUAUUAAAUAUUAAAAAAACAGUCUGAUUGCUAAUGUAAUACUGAUUUUGAUGGAACAUCUCGUUCAUCGAUUUAAAUGUACAUACUAUUAUUUAAAAUAUUUGUUAUUCACUGAACUGGUAUCGUAUAUUCACUACUAAAAAGCUGAUAAUCAGUAAGGAAUUUUCUUGCUCUUCAAGACACUCACGAAAAAAUUUAUAUCGAUCGGAUUGAUCAUGUUGGAAAAAUCACAGGAAUCAAAGUGUCGAUUAUUUUUAAACUUUAAUUAAUUAAAUAAUACAUUUUCGAAAUUCUUAAAACGUAUACUUAUGUAUAUGAAAUACAAUGUAUGAGAGAGAGUGUGUGUGAGUACGUGUGUAUGUCGUGUGUCUUUGGUUUGCUUGCAUGUGUGCGUGAACAAAUAAGAGAGAUUGUAAAAAGUUGAUUUAAUCCUGUCGUUUGUUAUCAAUAAUAAAAAAUCGUGAAUUUGUAUAGACUUGCUCUAAUAAAUAGAACCGCGCUUUA